AUGGAGUGGCUUUUCUGUUCACUGCUGUUUUCCGUGAUCGUGUUUGUGGCGCUGUUCCUGAAAGAGCAAAUUCGGAGGGCUUUUUCGGUGGAAACGACAAGACUCCCCCCGAGUCUUCCCUCCUUCCCCAUCAUCGGGAGCAUUCUGAGCCUGAGGAGUGACUGCCCCCCGCACAUCCUGUUCCAAGACCUGCAGAAGAAGUACGGCGAUGUCUACUCCCUCAUGAUGGGCGCCCACAACGUGAUCAUCGUCAACAGCCACCAGCAUGCCAGAGAGGUCCUCCUGAAAAGAGGCAAAACGUUUGCAGGGAGACCCAGAACUGUUACAACGGAUAUCUUGACAAGGGAUGGCAAAGACAUAGCAUUUGCUGACUACAGUGCCACAUGGAGGUUUCACCGAAAAAUGGUGCAUGCAGCCUUGUGCAUGUUUGGAGAGGGGUCAGCCUCCCUUGAAAAGAUAAUCUGCAGGGAGGCGAGCUCUAUGUGUCAGACCCUGGUGGAGAUGCAGAGCACGGCCGUGGACCUGGCUCCGGAGCUGACUCGUGCGGUCACCAACGUCAUCUGUUCACUGUGCUUCAGCUCCUCCUACAGGCGCGGCGACCCGGAGUUCGAGGCCAUGCUUCAGUAUAGCCAGGGCAUAGUGGACACUGUGGCCAAGGACAGCCUGGUGGACAUAUUCCCCUGGCUGCAGAUAUUCCCCAAUGAAGACCUCAGAAUUCUCAAGCAGUGUGUGAGCAUCAGAGACUCUCUUCUGCAGAAGAAAUACGAUGAGCACAAGGCGCAAUACAGUGAUGACACACAGCGGGACUUGCUGGACGCUCUGCUGAGAGCCAAGCGCAGCGCGGAGAACAACAACAGCGCGACACGGAACGUGGGGCUCACCGAUGAUCACCUGCUGAUGACUGUGGGGGACAUCUUCGGGGCUGGAGUGGAAACCACCACCACUGUGCUGAAAUGGUCCAUAGCCUACCUCAUACACUAUCCACAGGUGCAGAAGAGGAUUCAGGAGGAGCUGGACAGUAAGAUCGGGAUGCACAGACAUCCGCAGCUGAGCGACAGAGGAAGCCUGCCCUACCUGGAGGCCACCAUCAGGGAGGUGAUGAGGAUCCGCCCGGUAUCUCCCCUCCUCAUCCCCCACGUGGCCCUCACAGACUCCAGUAUUGGGGAGUAUACAGUCGAAAAAGGUACCCGGGUCAUCAUUAAUCUGUGGUCCUUACAUCACGAUGCAGCCGAGUGGAAGGACCCAGAGCUCUUUGAUCCUGGUCACUUUCUGGAAGAAGAUGGGAACAGUCUGUGCUCUACCCCCGCAAGCUACCUGCCGUUCGGGGCUGGAAUCCGGGUGUGUCUAGGGGAGGCCCUGGCUAAGAUGGAGCUGUUCCUCUUCCUGUCUUGGAUCCUGCAGCGCUUCACCCUGGAGGUACCCCCUGGUCACCCCCUGCCUGAUCUGCAGGGCAAGUUUGGGGUGGUUCUGCAGCCACAGAAGUACAAAGUCAAUGCCAGGCUCAGGCCUUGCUGGGCAGAGAGCCAAUCCAACAGCUAA